GUAAAACUCUCUCUCUCUCUCUCUCUCCCUCUCCGUCUCUGUGAAUGUAAAACCCCCUUGAAGUUGAACCUUCCUCGAACCACAUUCUUUGUGCUGAUCACCUGCUCUUGUUCUCUAUCAAACCCCCCAACUACAAUUUUCUCGUCUUUUUCCAGCACUCGGUAUUGUGUUCCUAGAGAGAGAAACUAAGGAGUGUUAGAGAGAGAGAAAACCUCUGAGAGUUUACUUUCUUUCUCUUACCAUAAUUAGCUUAUAGAUUUGUUUUCCAAUUGAGUUAGUGUUGGAUUUUGGAUAGACUUAGAAAACCCACUUCAAUUUUAGUCGGUUUUCGAUUUCGUAAUAUUCCUUGAAAUACCGCUUAGAAAAUUUUAAUCGAUUUUCCGGAGAAAACUUUUUGGGUUCAAUCAAAAAUCUCUGUUACGAUCAUAUCACAAGUCUUGUCUAUUACGUAACCAAUCAAAAACUAGUUUCAACUAAAGGGUUCUAGCUGUGUUCCUCGAUCGUUUCAUACAAAACCCUCCAUCAAAUUCACGUGUUUUUGGUUUUUUGGUUUCUGGGUUCGAUCAAAAUCAGAGAAAAAAAACCAAUUCUGAUUUCUGGGUAUUGAUCAAAACUCGAUUUUUCGAUCUGGGUUCUAGCGAUGUCAACGAAAUCUGGAAACCUGGAUGAUUGGAGAGACUACUUUCGGUCUUCCAAUUCCGAUAUAUUCGAUAUCAUCGAACAUUCGAUCAUGGUUGCUGCUUCGGAUUGUCCACAGGAGUUCAGAUUGAGAAGAGAUCGAAUUGCAGAGAUUUUGUUUUCGUGUAAAUUGUCUCGGUGUGUUGGUUGCGACCGAGUCGAUUUGGCUGUGUCUAGAGAUAAUGAUGAAGAAGAAGGUUGCAAGACUGGGUCUGAUAGAGAUGGGUGUGAAUUUGAGACUGGUGCUAGUAAAGAGAGUAAGGUGAAUACUUACGGAGAUGAUCAUAUAGAGAUUAAUAUGAAUCAUGUGAGUAAUUACAGUUAUGGAGAAGCAGAGGCAUUGACUAAUGAGAUUGAAUAUGAGAGUCAGAUUGUUGGAGAGGUCUUGAGGAUCAAAGGGAUUCUUGAUAACAGUAAUGAUGAGGCUGAUUCAGUGUUGUUGGAUUCGCUGAGGCGGCUUCAAUUGAUGGCUUUAUCCGUGGAUACAAUGAAGGCCACAGAGAUUGGAAAGUCGGUUAAUGCUCUCAGAAAGCAUGCAUCAAAUCAGAUUCGUCAGCUUGCACGGACACUCAUCGGUGUGUGGAAAGAAAUGGUAGACGAAUGGGUCAAAGCUACAUCGACUGUUGCAGUUGAAGAAGGUACCCCUGAAUCUGUGAACCCAUCUGUCAUUGACGAAGAAGAAGGGCUUCCUUCUCCUCCAAUGGAUGAUGUAGGUUUCCUGAGUGCUCCAAUAGAGCUGUCCCAGUUCUUUGACGGCAUUGAUGAUGAUGGAAAUUUUCGAAACAGUGGGGAAUUCAAUAAGAAGUAUGAAAAUGGGAGAAAACAAUCAUUGGAGAACCAUAACAUUCCCAAACGGAAGCAACAGGUUCCACACGAGUCUUAUGUUACUCCCAAGGACAGAAAGGGCGAACAAAUGAAGAAACAAACUGCUGUUGUGAAACCACACAAGCCAUCAAACACUGAAUCUGGAUCUGGGAGACCAACAAAAGUAACUGUGGAGCGAAAGGUCAACAAUGAGACAAAGUUCCAGCAAAAGUCAGACAAGGUGUCCAUCCAAAAGAAGCCACUGUCUGCUCAACAAGAUAAACUGAAGUGCUUGGACGAGGCUGCAAGACUCGAAGUCACAAAGAGGAAGCUCCAUGAACGCUACCAACAAGCUGAAAAUGCAAAGAGGCAGAGAACGAUCCAGGUUAUGGAAUUGCAUGAUCUCCCCAAACAAGGGCUUGGCAAUAGACAUCCACACAUGAGGCCUGGAAAUCACAACCGGAAUUGGGCAAAUGGGCGCCGCUAGCGUGGGUGGAGCUAUGCAUGAAGUAGUGGGUUCAAUUUGAAUUUUUUUUUAGAAUUAUGUACUAUCAUAUAAAAUUUUUCAGAGGUUUUCAUAAACUGACACCAUUAAAAUUGUUCAAAAAAAAAUAGAUUUAUCAACAAAAAAAAAUUAUUUAAAUUUGAUGCACGAGGUAAUGUGGCUCAAUACCAUGAACUUCCCAUCUCUGUUUGCUUCA